AUGCCCUCGUUUGUAUCUGUCUAUGAAGACACGUCUCCUUAUCUGGAAUACAGGAGUGAGUGGAAUAUAGGGUUUAGCCAUGACGAAAACUUUGCUUCCUACUCCGAUGGCACCUUCACCGUUGGACAUAGGUCAGAUUCAACAAUGACCCUUCGAUUCUACGGUUCAGCCGUUCGGAUAUAUGGCGCCCAUCGGCCAUUCCAUGGGACCUUCAGGGUGGAGGUGGAUGGGCAAGAAUUCGUUUCUGGGAACGGACGGACGCCUUCUGGAGUGCGGAAUUUCAACGUUACGCUUAUCGACGCCGUCCUGGAACACGGACAGCACGAAGUUACCUUGAUAAAUGGCGACGGGCUUGUGGAUGUUGACACGGUUUCUUGGGAAACUCGAAUUGGCGAGGAUGAUGAGCCGCUGAUAGUGAAUACCAUCGAAGAUUCGAGAUUUGUUUACCAGCCGGAGGGCGCAUGGACGACGACACCACUCGGCUACUCCUCAUUCCUUGGACGAUCUGGACAUGGAACGACCCAGCUGGGAGCGACAGCAGAGCUGACAUUCGAGGGAGACUGUAUAGCGUUGUUCGGAUCCGUCGGCCCUAAUUCGACCAGCUCAUACUCGGUGGAACUCAAUGGUGGAGAGAAGCGCUCGUUCUCAGCACAGCAGCGGGCGAGAAGGACGAAGCAGCUUAUGUAUUGGGCGGGAGGUCUCGGUGCAGGGAAUCACACCUUGAGGGUGACGAUGGAGUCAAGCCGUGCUGAGCAAGAACUUGCUAUCGACUAUGCCGAGGUCUACACGACACCUUCGCUGGGUGGGAGGUUCGAGGAAGCAGCUGCCGUCGUCGCUGCCGCACCAACGGUGACUGUGACACAACGAGUGCUCGUCUCAGAUACGCCGAUCGCUAAAGUCGAGGGCUUACCGAGCGGAGUCAUUGCUGGACUCGCGGUCGUUUCCGUAGUCGCUGCUCUAGCAAUCAUCUGUGCAGCGGUCUCGACGUUCCUUUUGCUUCGAAGCAGAAGGAGGCCACCUCCUGAUGCACAGACCGCCGCAAUUGACCCGCUUCUCCCCCCACAUAUGACGUAUACGAACGCAGAUGCGAACUUGGGUGUCUUUGUUCAGGGAGGUUCCUCAAGGCAGACUCCGGACCAGCCUCCAUCAAUGCUGCCGUUCUAUCGCAAAGUUCGUGUGGGCCAGCGGCCGGAAAGCAGCGCUUCAAGCAGUUCGGGUGCAGGGAACUGGUCAUCGGAUGCUCUCGUGCAAGCCACGAAUCGGCGUCUGACAGAAGCACCUCCUUUAUACCAGGCGACAGUGUGA